AUGUUGAUGUCAUCUUUAGAGACAGAGAAAACAUCCAAGGAUAUAUUUCCUAGUGAAACACAUCGUGCAGCAAUUGAUUCCACUGGACGAGUCGGUUCACUGUAUGAUGGAUAUCGAGAUUGUAUUCUGCAGAGAUUAGAAUUUCAUAAAAUAGAAGAAACAUUUAACAUAAGUGAACCGAGACAAUGCGAAGUAAUACAUGGUCAACAUGAUCGCAAUCCAAAUAUUUUGAAAAUAAUGCGUAUUGAAGAAGAAUUAAGAUUAAGCUUAUUAUUGAAUAUGUCAAAAAAAUCUGGAACAGACACAAUGAUUGAUUAUUGUCAACCCAUCAAUGAAUAUACCCGUUUCAUUCAAUAUUCUUCUGUAAAACGAGAAGAAAAACUUCCUGACAAUCCUGCAAAUAUUAAAGUUGUCAAUAGAUUACCACCAUUUUCCACUGCUGCCACUCAUAUUAUUACAAAAGUAUAUUUUGGAGUUAGUUUCACUGUCAUUUUACAAUUGCCAAAUGUUCCGAACGCAGUUGCAGCGAUUGAUAAAGUACUUACAACACUUUGUAACCGUUUACAAAAUCAUCAGAGCGCUUACCUAUUAACCACAUAUGAAAAAAAUAUCUUAGAAAAAAUAGUACACACAAAAGUCUAUUCAAAUAUAUCCCAUUUCAGAAAUCUUACUAAGAUCUGGGAUGUUUGUUGUUUGAUACAACAAAACCAAUGUUAUCUUGCCAAUUAUCCAAUAUCUUACACUCUUCGCUCCAUGAAAGAGUUCUUUCCUGAAUAUCAUGGAGAAAAUGCACAGUUCAAUAUUCUACCUGAAGAGUUCAAUGAAGCUAUCGAAAAUUAUGUAUUUCAAAUAACAGUUAGUAUGAGAACAUUAGAAAAUUCUAUGACACGGGACAUGCCAAACUUCUUAUGUGAGCAUUUGAAACGACAAUUUAAUAACAUUGAAACACAAUGGCUGGAUGUGAAAAAGAAAUUUACAAAUGAAAUAGAACGACUUUCAAAACUAGUUGUUGAAAAUCGAAGUAGUAGAACUAACAACUUCACGACCCAUAAUAGACUUUACAAUAAUGAACAAAUGAUGAUGCAAACCAGAAUUUACACAGGCGAAGGUUUCAAUAUUUGA